UCCCCAUUUAAGAAUUUUGAUGGGUUUUGUUUACUAUUCGCCAUGGAUGAUCAUCAAUGAUUCUUUUUGUUUUUGCUCUUCGAACCAGAACGACAAAACCCUCUUUCCCACAAUUCUGUUUGGAACUGGAAUACUGCUUUUUCCCAUUACUUUUCAUUCACUAGAAGAAAGUGUUCUUCAAUCUGUUCUCAAAGUCAAGUGGGUUAUUUUCACUUCAACACAUGCGAUUACGAGUUCCCCUGUGGAUGUUUGUGUUUUGUGUUUGAUCAAUAAGACUUGGAAACUUUACACUGUUUCGAAUCAUGGGUUUCUUGUUCUUCCUCGAAUUGUAGGUUCUGAAUUUGGGAGGUCAAACGUUUAGCCCAAAAUAUCUCAGUUUCCGAUCUCUUUUUUUCUUUUGGGAAAUUGCUUGUUUCGUGGAAUCUGGUCCUGAUUCUUAAUUUUGGAAUCCGAAUUCUCAUCGCUUUAGUGGUCGAUCGUUUUCGUCUGCUUUCUCAGGUCUGGUUGAUUUGUUUGAGUCGAGGCCUUGAUAAAAAAGUGCUUCUUACUUUUGAUGUCGAGUUUCUGAUUUUAUCAUUCAUUCCAAAGAUUCUUAUUCGUAGUGGAUUUUGGUCUACUGAAAAGGUGUUGAGUGAACUUUCAUUGCAUUUGAUUGGAUCCCGUGGGUGAUUCAUUAUCCUUAUGAUUAUUCGAGUUUCUUAAAAUGUUUUGGAGAAUCAUGUUCCAUCUGAAACUGAUUUUUGUUAAGGUUGGUUGUAAUCCAGUAUGUUCGGUGUAAUGCAAUCAGUUGACGAGGACGGUAAGCAAAAGAAUUUGAAGCGUUCAAGGCCACUUUCAAACAACAUGACGGUCACUAACUCUAGUGUUGCUCAGAGUUUGGAUGACUCUUUCCUCUUCCCAGUUGAAGAGAUUGUACAAUACCCAUUGCCAGGAUAUGUUGCGCCCACUUCAAUAACUUUCAGUCCAGAUGAUAGUUCUGUCACUUACUUGUUUAGUCCUGAUAGCACUUUGAAUAAGAAGGUUUUUGCUUUUGAUAUCAAAACUGGCAAACAGGAGUUGAUUUUCAGUCCUCCUGAUGGUGGGCUGGAUGAGUGUAAUAUUUCUCCAGAAGAGAAGCUGAGGAGAGAAAGAUUGAGGGAACGUGGUUUAGGUGUAACUCGGUAUGAAUGGGUGAAAACAAGCGCCAAAAGGAAAGCAAUUAUGGUGCCUCUGCCUGCUGGGAUUUAUAUUCAAGAUUUUUGUGGCUCAACCCCAGAGCUUAAGCUUUCCAGUAAACCUUCUUCACCGAUCAUGGAUCCACAUCUCUCACCAGAUGGGUCCAUGCUUGCAUUUAUUAAAGAUGGGGAGCUUCAUGUCAUGAAUCUUUCAUACAAUGAAGUGAGACAGUUGACUGUUGGUGCUAACAGAAACAUUACGCAUGGACUUGCAGAAUAUAUUGCUGAGGAGGAAAUGGAUCGGAAAAAUGGGUACUGGUGGUCGCUAGACAGCAAGUAUAUUGCGUUUACACAAGUUGAUACUUCAAAGAUCCCUCCGUUUAGAAUCAUGCAUCAAGGUAAAAGCUCCGUUGGUUCGGAUGCACAAGAAGACCAUGCUUAUUCUUUUGCAGGAACUUCCAAUGCUGUUGUUCGACUCGGUGUUGUCUCUGUUGCUGGAGGCCCGAUUACUUGGAUGGAUCUUCUUUGUGGAGAAACAGAUGAAGAGGAAUAUCUGGCCCGAGUCUGUUGGAUGCAUGAAAAUAUUCUCAUCGCUCAGAUUCUGAAUAGGUUACAUACCAAGCUGAAAAUUCUCAGGUUUGAUAUCAAGUCAGGGGAGAGAAAAGUUUUGCUGGUUGAAGAAGAAGAUUCAUGGAUUAACUUACAUGAUUGUUUCACACCACUAGACAAAAGUAUCAGCAAAUAUUCUGGGGGAUUUAUAUGGGCAAGUGAAAAAACUGGAUUUAGACAUCUUUAUCUGCAUGAUGGCCAUGGGACGUGCUUGGGGCCACUCACUGAAGGUGACUGGAUGGUCGAACAAAUUGCUGGUGUAAAUGAAGCAACCGGGCUAGUUUAUUUUACUGGAACUCUUGAUGGGCCUCUUGAAUCUCAUCUUUACUGUACCAAACUAACUACUGCCGGGAACACACCAUUGGAGCCACCAAUUAGACUGACUCAUGGCAAGGGAAAACAUGUCGUUGUACUCGAUCAUCGUAUGGGAAGUUUUAUCGACAUUCACGAUUCCCUCAAUUCUCCCCCAAGGGUGUUGCUCCGUUCCUUGAAAGAUGGAAGUGUCAUUUUGCCAAUUUAUGAGCAAACACUUACAAUUCCAAGGAUUGAAAGGCUUCAUCUUGAGCCUCCAGAGAUUGUUGAGGUACAGGCUUCUGAUGGGACAUUGCUCUAUGGAGCUUUAUACAAGCCUAGUGAGACGAUAUUUGGACCGCCACCGUACAAGACUAUGUUCAUUGUGUAUGGUGGUCCAAGUGUACAACUAGUCUGCGAUUCGUGGAUCAAUACGGUGGACAUGAGAGCUCAGUAUCUGCGUAGUAGAGGAAUCUUAGUGUGGAAGUUAGACAACAGAGGAACCGCUCGACGCGGACUGAAGUUUGAAGCUUCUCUGAAAUACAAUAUUGGCUAUAUCGAUGCAGAUGAUCAAGUGGUUGGAGCGAAAUGGCUCAUCAGACAGGGUCUAUCAAGAGCUGGAGAGAUUGGUUUAUAUGGAUGGAGCUAUGGUGGCUUUCUGUCGGCAACGAGUUUGGCCCGGUAUCCAGAUAUCUUCCGAUGUGCAAUAUCCGGUGCGCCUGUUACGUCUUGGGAUGGGUACGACACGUUCUACACAGAAAAGUACAUGGGAUUACCGACUCGAGAUCCAGAAACUUACGAACGAAGCUCAGUGAUGCAUCAUAUAGACAAGAUGACUGGGAGUCUACUGCUUGUGCAUGGGAUGAUUGAUGAGAAUGUACAUUUCAGGCAUACAGCAAGGCUUGUGAAUGCACUCAUAUCGGCUGGAAAGAUGUAUGAGCUACUGAUAUUCCCAGACGAACGACAUAUGCCUCGUCAGCAUCGAGAUCGUAUCUACAUGGAAGAAAGAAUCUGGGAAUUCAUCAAGAGGAACUUGUGAGGUAAGCUUAUUUUUGUUCAUAAUCUUUGUUAUUUAUUAGUGGUUUUGGAAUAAAUGAUGUUUAAUCCCAUGAAACCUCCACAGUUUUUCCCAAUGUCAAAUAUUUUAUGAUAGUUUAGUUUCUUUCUUAGAUUUGUAUGGAAUGGAAAUCACUCCUCUUGCUGGGAUUCCCCUCCCCCAAUUUAACCUCUAUUUUUUAAUCUUUUUUCAAUUUGGUCCUUCUUUUAUUA